AUGCUCACUCCAGAGCUUACGCCCUCUCACUCUGUUGCCUCGUCUCCUUCUUUACCACCAACACCAGAUCCUCGACCACUGGAUCUUGUCAUAGCCAACUACAAUGAAUCCUUGACGUGGCUCUCAACGUAUUCCCACGUCGCCACUGUCUACAGCAAGGGCAGACUUCCUCCCGAUCUGUCCAUCUUCCGGGAAGUCAUGACUCUGCCCAACUGGGGUCGAGAGUCCCAUACCUAUCUCCACCACAUCGUCCACAACUACGACAAUCUUGCAGAUGUUACGCUGUUCCUUCAAGGCAACAUUCACGACAUGAAUGAUGGCACACCGGCGCACACAGAUCUUGAUCUAGAUGAGAUUGUUGGGAUGGCCAAAAAUUUAGCAGAUAUGCCUGAUAUUCUUGGCAGUCGAGGUGUCCACGCUCAAAAUCAACCCCAAGGAGGUGUGCUUCCAUUAGGCAAAAUCCACUCCUUCACUGACUGGGACGGUGUCAGAUACCUGCCGGGCUGGAUUGAGAGACGCGGCAAAGGACUUCGACGCAGCCCAUACUCACCAGAGCAAUUUUGGAAUUACAUCUGCAAUGGCACCGUGGAUAACAAAGAUCCCCGAUGGACCACGGUGCCGGCUGAGAUCAAAUGGACGCAGGGAGCUUUGUUCGCAGUGACCAGACAGACCAUUCAGCGGCGUCCCAGAGCAGUCUAUGAGCGAUCGUACAACUAUUUUCACUCUCUAGCAGACAUCAAUCCGGAGGAAGGCCACUAUAUGGAACGUUUCUGGUUGGGUCUUUUUGGCCAUCAUGGGGUUGAGCAACGUGGUCUUUGCGUUCCCGAACCUGUCAAAGCAUGGACGGAGGAGGGCGAGAAUCCGACUGCCGAAGGACAUGGCGCUGGCGCUGAGGACGAAGGCAUCUUCAGGUUGUGA